AUGUCAACGCCGAUCUACUCCAAGGCUACCGGCCGAUCCGGUCCCAAGACCAGAACAGGUUGCAGCACCUGUCGUCGGCGGAAGGUUCGGUGUGAUGAAGGGCGGCCGACCUGCGCGAAUUGCACACGUCUCAAGAUCUCAUGCGGGUUCCUUGAUACUCACUUCCGGCCCGGGAGCAGUUCACGAGGGAGUGCCAGGCUGAGACACCCCAUUCCAAAGCCAAGAUCACAACCGGAAGUCAGCAGCUCCUCCUACGAGGUUGCCGGUGGUGGCAGUGCAGAUGAAUUCUUAAAUUACGUGUCGAUGAUCGAUAAUUCGGCUUUCGCACCUGCUGGUUUCCAGAACGAAGAGGGCGUGGCUUCAAAUUAUGAAUCGGCGUUAAGACCAUUACAUGAAUCGCAAGAAUCCCGUCAAGACUUAUCCGGAGAGCUAUACCCCUCACGGCAGGUUCCUGGAUUGCCAGAUAUACAAGAAGCAAGCCUCUCUAGUUUUCCAGACACCCUGGCCUUUCAAGAUGUUUUUCUAUCUUCGAUAAGUUCGACAGAGAUGAAUCUAGGCAGCUGCUCUGGCUUGCCACAGACACAAACAUCUGAUAAUCUGACGUGGAUGAUACCGACUGAAACAGAUAGCUCACUUGAGCAAAAGACUUCGGCUCUUUUGGAACAUUUUACACAGGCAUCCAAUCCAAUUGCCGUCAUUGUACCAACACAUAUUGAGUGGACAACCGCUUCGCGUACCCUUCUAUCUAUGGCACAAAAUUCUCCAGCUCUACUUGAUGCAAUAUGUGCCCAUUCCGCUCUCCAUCUAUACACAUGCAGGAAGGGGAAUGAGAUGCUAGAUGUGGCUUAUAGCCAUUACCAAUCUUCGAGCAGCCAGGUGACUGUCUUUUUCGAGGAAUCUCAUCAAAAUACAACGGAUCAACCAACCAAUAAUCCAGAGUUGAAGAAGGCCUUUGCCGCCGUCUUUCUCCUCAGCCACGUCGAGCUUAUAGCGCAGUCAACGCCAAAGGCCUUGACGUGGCCAUUACAGCAUGUCCAUGCAGCUCACACACGAGUCCGCCAGCACAGCGAAAGCAUCCAGGGUUGGGCAGGGACCAGUCGACGCUUACUGACUUGGAUGACUUUGCUACAAAACAAAGCUGAAUACAAUGGGGGCAGUCCCUGUGCGAAUCGUAGAGACGAUGAGACUUUCGAACACAGUAGCAGCUCUUCUGAACGGCAAAUGGAUGAAAAUGAGGGUCAAACCAAAGAUGGGACUGUUUGGGGAAGAUCUAACCAUGGCAACGGUGUCUGGGGAACAGUUGUUGAAUCACCUUCUCCAGCUGAGCUUCUAGGUGAAAUUAUUAACCAGCCAGCUCUUGAAUUCCACCUUCGAGCACAAAGCUUUACUCCACAGAUUAUUGCUCUAGACAAACAUCACCAUAAAAGAGGCACGCUAGAGACCGACUUCGAAAUCCUCAAACGUGGGAUUUCUAUAAACGCCAGUCUUCAUUCACUCUGGGAAGAGAGACCAGCCAUAUUCCUAUUGCUCGAGGACCCGAUAGGAAUAUCAGAUAUUCUUCAGCCAUCAUACGGAAAGGUUGUGUUGCGCAACCUCCGGGUAUACAGCGCAAACUUCUGGGCACAUUACAUAUAUCUUCAUCGUGUGGCUUUCGUAGCCUACCCAGCCACGGAUGAUGUGACACGGGCCGUUUCUCAGAUCAGCGAGCUAGCAAAGGCUCUUUCAGCGGGUCUUAGCCAAGAACAAGAUGGAGAUUGUGCGCUUUACUGCCAAAACUCUCCGUCGUCUCUCAGCCAUGACGAAAUCCAUUUACCGCACUCCAUGUUUUGGCCAUUGUUCAUGCUUUGUCUCGAAUGCCCCUCUCAUGAACGCGAUCAGUUCUUGAAUAUGGUACGACAGAUCUGCUGCCUUCCCAACUUUGAUAAAGGUGUACUUUUGCUUGAGGAGGUGCUACGGAGGCAAGACGCAGCCAACGUUAGGAUUGAUCACAGGGAUGUUCGAAAAGAACUGUUUGAUUCGGAACUAAGCGUCAUUUACUAG